CCCGCACCUUUCCCCUCUGACCCCGUGACGUCACCGCUCCGUGACGUGACAGGCGGCGGCCGCGGCGGCAGCGCGCGGGGGGCUGCGAGGGGCGGCCGCUGCUUCUCGCGAGAGUUCGAGUUCUGCUGUUGUGCUCCAGCCUCUCCCCGGCUGAGGUGUGAGUUUCCCUGGCCCUGCCUGGCUCCCAGCAUGUACCUGAGGAGCGCUGCCCGUGCCCAGAACCUUCUGUGUGCCGGGAUGCGGCGGCUCCCGCAGCAGUGCAGAGGGUUCUCUUACAAAGCCGUGGUCUUUGAGGAGAGUGGGGUGCUGCUCCCAGCCCCUCACAGGACAGCCACAGACUGGGAAGCCCGGAGCUGCAUUCCAGCCGGCACCAUCCAGCAAGCUGCACUGUCUGGAGGGGAGAGCAGCCUCUCUCUCCAGUAUUCCAGGGGAGAGCUGACAGCUGUGGAGUUCCUGCAGGAGCUGGGACAGCAGUGCUUUGAGAUUGCAAAUGUCCGUGUUCCAGUGCACUCCUUUCUCUGGGAUUUAAUCCGAAAGGAGAUGAUAAAACAGCUCCCCAUAAUGGCAGAAGCAGCUCAGUGUAUCCGGGCUGAAGGGCUUAAGACAGCUCUGCUGAGCCACAGCUUGUGCCUGGGGGAUGGAGAGGGGCUCCUGCCCCUGGACCAGCAGCACUUCGAUGUGAUGGUUGAAUCACAUCAGGAAGGGAUGCCCAGGCCAAAUCCUGGGAUCUACAAGCUGUGCUUGGAGCGCCUGGGUGUCCAGCCCCAGGAAUCCAUCCUGCUGGACAGCAGCAGCCAGAACCUGAAGGCAGCAGCCCAGCUUGGCAUGAAAACAGUGAAGGUUGAUGAUCCAGAAGCAGCACUCAAAGAGCUGGAAACCCAUCUGGGAUUUCCUUUGAAAGGGUUUGUUCCCUAUACUCGUUCAGUGAGACCAGGCAUGGAAAUCCCAAAGGAUCGUCUGCAAAAGUACCUUGGAGAUGUUCUUGGUGCCCACCCAUCAGCCCCACUGGAGUUACGGCAGUUUGACCACGGAGAGUCCACCCGGAGCUAUUUGGUGAAGUUUGGAGGUCGUUUGCUGGUGCUGAAGAAGGAGGAGGAGCCUCCCUCAGGCCCCUCAGGCCCUUCUGUCCCAAGGGAAUACAGCAUCCUUGGCACUCCUUUCUACCUGCUGGAGCACUGUGCUGGCCACAUCCACCACGCCGCGUCCCUGCCCGCGGUGCCGCCGCGCCGGCGCGGGGCCUGUCUCUUUGUGCCUUUCCCUGGGAGCCUGUGUUCCUCUGUUCCAGGAAAUUACAUCCAGCAGCAGGUUGAGACCUGGACAAAGCAGUAUCGAGCUGUGGAAACUCACGUGAUCCCAGCAAUGGAGAGGCUCAUCCAGUGGCUGCCUCUGCAUUUUCCUGAAUCCCAGAAGACAACAUUGGUGCACGGUGAUUUCAGGAUGGACCACCUGGUCUUUCAUCCAGACAGGCCAGAAGUCCUUGCUGUGCUGGGCUGGAAGUUUGCCACUCUAGGAGAUCCCAUGUGUGAUUUGGCGAAUAACUGUAUGAGCUUCUUCCUGCCAGCCCACUUUGGUGCUCGCAGAGGCUUGAGGAAGUGUGACUUGGGGCACCUGGGGAUUCCCACGGCAGAGGAGUAUUCCCAGAUGUACUGUGGCCACAUGGGAGUGGAGCGCCCGGAGAACUGGAAUUUCUACCUGGCCUUUGCCUUUUUCCGCCUGGCUGUGAUGCUGCAGGGACGUCACCGUGGCUCCCUGGCAGGGAGGCCAGUUCCAGGUGACAGCAGCCCCAAGGACACAGAGUUUGUGGCUGAUCUGGCUUGGGAUUUUGCCAUUAAAGAAGGAUUCCGUGUGUUUGAGAACCUCCCCCCCACAAAGCUGCUGGUGCGACAUUCCAGCACCUGGGCUGGGCAAGGGCCGCUCCUGGGCAGGAGUUACAGCACCUGGGCACAGCCUGGGGCAGCCCCUGUGCCCACAGCCCCCUGGUCACUCCCCCAGAAUCCUGGUGGGGAUGGCCCAGGGGCUUUGCUGCAAGAUACGGGCAUCCAGUGGGGCUUUCUGAGUCCCCAUUCCAGAGGGACUCCACGUCCUCUGCCAGAGCUGCAGGCACAGAGGGCCAGGACCAAGGCAGCGGCACUGAUGGCUGCACAGGCCGUGGAUCAGGGCAACAAGGGCUCCGGAGCAAAACAUCUCCACAACACAGAUCCCAGCCCAGCACUUCCCUUGGACCUGAGCUCCAUGUCUGGCUGAGGGUCCCCAGGGCUUCACAGGACAAGACUCUCCAAACCAGAGCUCAGCCAGGAGCUGCAGCACUGGGAAGCCUCAGAUGGGGACCCAAAGCAGCCACUCUGGCACAGGAGAGGCCGUGCUAAGGGCAGCCUGUGAGCUUCUCAAUUCCACUGGUGCUUGGUGUUGUCUGUGCUCAGUGCUUUUAUUGCCCGGCUCAAUACAGGGCCAAGUCCAUCCUUGGAUCAUGAGGCUGCAGAAGUCAGAACUGCAGCAGGGAGAGCUGGAUGGGAGUGACCUGGCUGGGGGUGCAUGGCUUGGUUUUGGGAAUAAAGAGAAUGGACCAGCA